AUGUCUUUAAUAGAAUUAAUACCGUUAGAUAAAGGUAAUCGACUUAUUCUUGAUGAUACAACUGUAACAACAAUCGGUCGUACAGCAAAUAUUGGUUGUUUGGAUAAAAAAAUUUCUCGUAAUCAUGCUGAAUUAUAUGUUAAAUCCGAUGGAACUUUAUGGAUUAAACCAAUUCAUCAUAAUCCAACAUUUUAUAGAACAAAUACAAAUCAAUUAAUUACAUUAACAAAAGAUCAAGAAUUUCAAUUGAAUGAUAAUGAUGAAAUUGGUUUAUUACCAAAUGAAUAUUUUUAUCGUAUAUCAAUUAAAUCAAAAGAUGAACAGGACGAACAAAUUAAUUCAUCAACAAUAUUAAAAUCACCAAUGCAACAAGAAGAUGAAUCUUCAUCAAUACAAGAAAAAGAAUCUUCACCAGUUAAAGAAAAAGAACUCUCACCUAUUAGAAGUCAUGAUAAAGAAAAAUCUCCGAAUAAUAAAGAUUCAAAUUUAGAACCAGAAGGUGGUAUUAUAUUACAUACAGCUCGUGAUUUACCAGUAUGGAUGUCUACUAGUUCAAUACCCGAAGCUAAAACUCCUAAAGGACGAGGCAAAGGAAAAUCAACUGUUACACCUACUAAACCUACUCCAUCGCCAUCGAAAUAUCGAACAUAUAUUGGACGAAAGAAAGCUGAAGGAAUUGUGUACGAAGAUGAUGAAGAAUCUAAUGAAGAACCAACUACAACAACAGUUACUCCAAAUGAUCAAAGCAAUCAAAUGUCAUCAAUAGUUAAUAAAUCAAUAAAACGAGAACGAUGUCCAUAUGGAAAAUUUUGCUAUAGAAAGAAUCCAGCUCAUCGUCAAGAAGCUAUUCAUCCUGGUGAUCCAGAUUGGGAUAAUAAAGAAAAUGAUACCGAUGAUAAAAAACCUGAAUGUCCAUAUGGAAGUGAUUGUUAUAGAAAAAAUCCUGAUCAUUUUAAUGAAUAUAUUCAUACUCAAAAACAAUCAUCAAUAAAUAAAACUAAACGACGAACAUCAAAACGUAAAGGAAAGGAUGAUGAAGAAGAAGAUGAUGAUGAUGAUGGAUUACCAAAUGAAUAUGAUUAUAAUGAUAGUUUUAUUGAUGAUGAAAAUCUUGAUGAUAGCACACGCAUGGAUCGAACAGCGGGUUCUCAAAUGGAUCCUGAUAAUGAUUGGAAACCACGUAAAAAAACUCGACAUUCUCAUGAUGAUGAUGAUGAAAAUAAUUCAACAGAUGAAAGUGAAAUAGAUUUAUUAAAACACGAAGCAGCAGAAUUUGUUCAAGGUUCAUCAAUUGAUCAUCAACGUCCAGCGAAAAAGAAAGCACGUAUAUCUAUACCCGAUGAAAAUGAUUAA